CCAAAGCGAUAAGAAGAAUUAAAAACAAAAACAUAUGUGAAACACGAACGACAAUAAAUACCAGUAGUGCAGGUACAAAUUAACCUUUCGAUUAGAUUGAGCUCGAAAAAAAACUAGAGCAAAUUAAGGUAAACCCUCGAAAUCUUUGAUUGAUUCGAAAUUCGAAUUGUUAGGUAUUAGAUUACCAACAAGCGGUAAAAAAAAAAACAUAUAAAUAGUAGCAAUAAAUUGAAACUGGGACAGUGUAUAAUUUAAGAUGAACCAGAAAAAGUCUGUACUUUGUGUGGGCUGCACCGUGAUUGACUUUGUGACCAUUGUCGGGAGUUAUCCCAAGGAGGACACCGAUCGUCGGUGCCUGGAUGGAUUCUGGCAACGUGGCGGCAAUGCCUCCAAUGUUAGCACAACGCUCAGAGUUCUCGGCACCAAAGUGGACUUCUUUGGCAUUCUGAGCAGUUCGGAUGCGUUUCGUGUGCUCCUCGAAGAUCUCCGGCGACGAGGGAUCGGCACUCGGAACUGCCCCCUGACCAGCAGGGAUCCCCCGUUUUCAUCGGUGAUACUGUCACAGGACACCGGCUCCCGCACCAUUAUCCACUGCAAUAAGGACUAUCCGCAGACCACGUGGGAGGACUUCAUCAAGAUCGAUCUCUCAUACUACGGAUGGGUACAUUUUGAGGCUCGCAACACGACACACACCGCCAAGAUGAUGCAGAGCAUCCGGGAGUACGACCGGAAAACAGGGCAACGCACCUUUAUCUCGCUGGACUUUGAGACGAGGUACGAUCAGAACUUGGAACUAUGUCAUCCCUGCGACUAUGUGAUCUUCUCCAAGGAGCUGGCCACCGACAAGGGCUGGACGACGCCGCAGCAAACUUGUCAAGAGCUGGCCGCCGACAUUUCCGGUAAUGGAAGCAAAAAACCCAUAAUUAUCUGUCCAUGGGGCAGUGACGGAGCCGUGUGUCUCGAUUCAAGUGGUAACUUCCAUAAGUGUUCUUCCUAUCAGCCUGAGAAAGUGGUGGACACUUUGGGCGCAGGAGACAGCUUCGUGGCGGGAUUUAUAAAAGCCACUUUUGAGGAUCAACGGUGUCUAAGGGAAGCUGUGGACUAUGCCAACCGCAUUGCGAGUCGCAAGAUCGAGGGAUUCGGUUACGAUCAUAUAAAUUCACUCAGCAUAACGUGAUGUUCCUUCAAAAG